GACUCCCUCUUCAGAUUUUAUGAACUUCCACAUCAGAUUCUUCAACUCACACUACAAAACAGAAGCACAACCACCUUGACCUAUUGAUCAAGCUAAAAUCUCAUCCUCAGCUUUGUUUGAUUUGUACUUAUUGAAUCGGUGUGAUUCUCAGAAUUUCAUCACACUAUUAUAUAUUUCUUGUUUGCUGAAGGGUGUGACAGAACCAGUUGGAGGGUGAUAUGGACCCUGUUAGGAAGAACUGGGGAUUGAAGAGGAGUGCGGAAGCAGUAGCAGUUGGAGUUGUUUUGGUCGGUGUACUUUCACUUUUUUUGGGCCUCAGACCCCAAAAGAUUCAUUCUAGUGGUUGUCACUUCCCGGCAAUCUAUAACUUUGGUGAUUCAAAUUCCGACACAGGUGCUUUAUCAGCUGUGUUUUAUCGGCUUCCUUCUCCCUAUGGCAAUACAUUCUUUGGCAAACCUUCGGGAAGAAUCUCUGAUGGGCGUCUCAUGAUCGAUUUUAUAGCUCAGAAGUUGGGUUUGCCAUUUUUGAGUGCGUAUCUUGAUUCUGUUGGAGCAAACUUCCGUCAUGGAGCAAAUUUUGCAAUUGGAGGAUCUACAAUCUUGCCAUUAGAUGGAAGGAUGUUUGAAGGAAGAUUUAGUCCCAUCUCUCUUGACAUACAAUUUAGGCAGUUUGCGCAGCUUAAAGCUCGUGUAAAAGAGGUUAUUAGUCAAGAUAAAAGCUCAUAUGUCAGCGCCACCAUCCCCAGACCAGAGGACUUCUCGAAGGCAUUGUACACCGUAGACAUAGGACAAAACGAUAUUCAUGCUGGAUUAAGGUGGAAGACGGUAGACCAAGUGCUGGCAUCCAUUUCUGACAUGACUGCUAAGUUAGCUUUGACAAUAGAGCAAUUAUACCAACAAGGUGGUAGAAUAUUUUGGAUCCAUAACACAGGUCCACUCGGUUGCUUGCCUCUGGUUCUUGCACAUACACAGCCAGAACCUAGUGACCUGGACCAGAGUGACUGUUUGAAGUCUUACAAUGAGGUGGCGCAAGAGUUCAACAGACAGCUCAAGGAGAAAGUACUUGAUCUACUAGCCAAGCUCUCGGAUGCAGUUCUUACUUAUGUUGAUAUCUAUACAGCAAAAUACACACUUAUUAGUGAAGCAGAGAAGUAUGGUUUUAUUGAUCCUGUAGGUCAAUGCUGCGGAAGCCAAGGUGAUUCUCCUCACCAUUGCGGGUUGAAUGCUACUACUGCCAAUGGCACUGAAGUAUUUGGUGGCUCCUGUAGCAAUCCUUCAAAGUACAUUAGCUGGGAUAGUGUGCACUAUUCGGAUGCUGCUAACGAAUGGGUAGCCAAACGAGUUAUAGAAGGCUCAUUCUCAGACCCUCCAGUUUCGAUCACUGAAGCAUGUCGAAAACAUCCAUACUUCGAUUCCUCCCAGAAAUGACCUGUGUUAUAGUCCCACAUAUGAUUUUAUGUUGUACAUUAUUUUCUGAUUUGCAGCAUCUGCGUGACUAGCAAAA